AUGAGUGUGUCAAUACUUGAAUUAGAUCCUGAACAAUGCAAUAGGGAUAAUCCACCUUUAGAGGUUAUGAUUAGCGUUAUUAUCGUCUGUGGCAUGUUGUUAAGUUACUUACCUCAGCAUUACAAAAUUAUUAGUAAUAAAAGUAGUGAUGGAUUGAGUCCUUGGUUCCUUCUGUUGGGGACGCUUUCUUCAACUAGUAGUUUUUUUAACAUUUUAAUUUUGCAGUUUAGUAUGGUCAGGUGUUGUAGUAUCGUGUCCGGACUUCAAUGCUUCGAAAACACAUUAGGGAUCAUUCAACUAGCUGUUCAAUUUUCGAUGUUUGCAUUAAUAUUUGCUCUCUUUAUGAUAUAUUUCCCUUCUGAGCGCAAAAUUGUACGGUAUGUUCGUCACAUACACUUUAAUUCUCCGCCGACACGUUUGUCGAAUGAUUGGCGUGACUCGAUUGGCAUUUCCAUUGUUAUAACAGUGCAUUUCAUUUUGACUGUUAUUAUUUCAACAUACCUUUUAAAUUUUGGUGGUGCUGCUGAGGAUUAUCCGGCUACGAAAUACUGGGCAGACUCCUUAGGCGUCAUGUCUACAAUAUUUGCAUCUAUUCAAUAUUUUCCUCAAAUAGUUAGGACGUGGAGACGAAAAUCUGUAGGCGCACUUAGUAUACCUAUGAUGCUUAUACAAACUCCUGGUUCAUUUCUUUUCGUUUACUCACUUGCCAUUCGUCCUGGAACAAGGUGGACGACAUGGUUUGUUUUCCUCGUUACUGGGUGCCUUCAAGGCACUCUUCUCGUUAUGUGUAUUUGCUGGCACUACCGAGCAAAACGCCUCGGCUAUGGACCGUUCUACGUUGGAGAUACAGAUUCUGACGGUAAGCCAUUGGCACCAGAUGAACAAACGAGAUUGCUUGGUGGAGGGACCCAUGGACACUCAACUACGUCGUCGAGGUAUGAUAACGCUGUACCUGACGUAGAAAAUUCUUAG